CCACCCAGCCCGAGCUGCUCUCGACGCUGGUGCGGAAGCUGCAUGCGGAGGGGGCGCUCGGCUGCAUGCGCGACACGUCGGACGAGAUGGAGGAGAUCCGCGAGGCUCUGCGCGAUUCGCAGCGCGGAUCGAGGAACGAGGCGAUCCGCAACCGCUACCACGGUACCGAGGGCGACAAGCUGGCGGCAAAGUACCUCGAUAAGGCGCAGAGCAUGGCGGCGCUCACUCCGCCCGAGGACCAGGGCGUCGUCGCGCUCUGGGUUGGCGGUCUCACCGCCGAUAUCACGCAGCAGGACUUGCGCGACGCCUUCUACGCGUACGGCGAGAUUGCGGCGGUGCGGAUGAAGCCGGAGCGGCGCUGCGCGCUGAUCGAGUACACGCUGCGCAAGCUGAAGCUCUGGUGGGCAAAGUCGCAGCAGGCGGCCGACAACGCCGACGCGCGGAAGUACGUGAGCCAGGCCUACGGCGCGCCGGUGCCCCCGCCGGGCGAGGUUGCCGCCUUUGGAGCGGCCGGCGGCGCGUCGCUGUACCCGUCGAUGAACCCGAGUGCGAUGGGCGCGCGGCCCGACGCCAGGUAA